AGAGUUAGAGUUAGAGUUAGAGUUUCAGUAGUUCUUCAUUCGUUACUAUUUCAUUAGUUGUAUCUGUUAAAAAGUUAUGAUAGUAAAGUAGCAUUUGAGAUUGUUCUAAUAAAAUUAGGAUUAUGGGGAUUAAGGGAUUAUGAUCGUAAAUAAAAACAAGAGCAAAUGGGUUUCGAAGCGAUUUCUGACCAAUUGCUUAUGUUCUAAAUUACUGGUUAAGGUGUUACACUGGACACGCGUAUAACCUAUAAGCACGCUAAACAUUGAUUAGCGAUGGAAGAUGAAGAGAAAAAGUGCGAAGUCGAGGAGCCGAGUGAAUUUUAUUUCGAAUCCGACCACUUGGCACUGAAGGGAAAUAAAGAUUACACGACUCUUUUAAAAACGAUUGUAAUUCUCGAAGCGCAACGCGUUCAAGCCAUAGAGGAUUUAGAUAAACUUUUAUCGAUUCGUUCCAAGGCAUUGAAGGAUCCAAUAUCGUUUGUGGCUCAAAUACAAAACGGUGAACUGCCAGAAUUGCCAGGACCCCAGAAAAUUGCUGAAAUUCCUUACAUUGACUGGACGCAAUAUAACAUAGCUAUACCUGAUAUGCGCAUGAGGCCACAAACAAGACACGGACAUGCUUUGCCUCAUGUACAGACCAAAGCAGAGCAAGAGAAUGGAAAGAUUUUAGUACGAGGACGUGCCUUCGAUGAAAGUAAACCGGAAACCUUCAAUCAAUUGUGGACAGUGGAGGAACAGAGGAGAUUAGAAGAACUUUUGAUUGAAUAUCCACCAGAGGAAGUAGAAAUGCGACGAUGGACGAAAAUAGCUAAUGCCUUAGGCAAUAGAACCCCGAAACAGGUUUCAAGCAGAGUUCAGAAGUACUUUAUUAAACUCUUGAGAGCUGGGCUACCCAUACCUGGCAGAGGUCCUAAAGUGAAAUUGGAUGUUAAAAAAGGAAUAGGUCACAAGCAUCAACGAAGUAAUUACUCGUUAUUUCGACGUUCUACGUUCUUUCCGCAUCAAGACAUGUCUUUCACCAUGCCUGACGAAGGCAAAGAGCAAUCGGUUGCAGAAGAAUUUGAGGAUGAUGCUGGAAAUAAUAUUAUAGAUGAUAAUCCUGAAUUGAGACACAUAGAAUUGUUAAGACAAGUGAAGGCUGAGAAAGAACAACACUCUUCCCUUGAAUAUAAACAUAUCGGAUACAAGUGUUCGAUCUGCGGAGAAGAACCUUUAACAGGUACAAGGUGGCAUUGCAUAGAAUGUCCAAAUGGAACUGACAUUUGCGGCGAUUGUGCGGUAACGCAAUUAGAAACUGAGAAUCCAGUACACGAUACGUUACAUAGACUAAUUCCUAUAAAACCGCCGCAAUAUACUAGAAGCUACGAUUUAGAUUACUUUCCGCAAAGUUUUAGUAACUCUUCCUAUAAUUAUUUAGAUCCUAAUUUCUUACCUGAAUAG